GCCUUCUUUUCUCGCCCCGGUUCCUUCCAUCUUGCGAGGUACUCCGCUUGCUCCUAUGCCUGCUGUAAUCUCUUUCGUAGUCAUCAUCCUCCGAGUAGUCUUCACUAACCCUUCUUUUCCUUCUUGAAUCAUCUCUACCAGCAUCUUUCAGUUCUCCUUCCAAGCUACCUUUACUAGGCCUCGGAACUCUUGUGGUUGAUUUCGAUUCGGGUCUAUGGUCGUCGUCUUGGUGUAUCCGCCUCUCCCUCGAGUCACUCCUGUGCCUGUGGUGUCGCCUUGGACUUCUUGACCGAUCACUUAGGUCUCGAUCCGCAUUUCUGCUUCGUCUCUCCCUUGGUUUCUCUCGGUUGGCACUUGUUUCCCCACCUCCUUCAACAACUUUACUAGCUUUGAAUCGUUUUUGUUCAGGUCGCCCAUCCCUCAAGAUUUCGUUUUCCUCGUUUUCCCUCUUCCUUUUGGCACCACCUCUGCCACCUAGAAUCGCCGCAAUAUCCCCCAACUGCCUCUUCCUGAUAUCAAGUGGGGACCUAGGUUUCUUCAGGCUUUCCUUCCUGACGUCAUGACCUUCAUUCGCAAGGCCGCUCAACCGCGCCCUAGAUUCUGCUGCUUCUUUGGCAAGGAGCGCUGCAUUAUGAGAAUCGGUAUCCUUUAUUAUGUUGCGGAGAAAGCGGGUGUUGGGUUUGGGCUUAUGCGCCGGUCUGUGCUUGUUAGCAGGUUAUCAAACUUACAGUAGAUCAUGAUCGCUUACUUGGGAGUAUUGCUCGAAAGACUGUUCAACCUGCUGGAAUUUUUGGCGUCCUGCGCUAGAAGAGCAGCAACAUAGCCAUCGUCUAGGUAGUCGUCGUUGCCCAUACUCUUGGUUCGUGGGGACCCUCCAAAGAAAUCCAAGAAGUAGGAUUGUACAAAAUCGGAGUCGCUUUCUUAGAAAAAAUGAUUCAGUUGGGCCAUACGAAACAAACGGAUCAUGGAUGUUGUGGAAGCUGAAGCAAACAACUUCUUGAGACGCGGAAAGGUGAAGCUUACAGUUCCAGAUACUUGUAUGUACAAAGAUGCAAGGGGUGGAGUCGCCGCGGCCUUCAUUAGUGGGUCCUUAAAGCGGUGAAUGUGGCAGAAUAUUUGAUAAGUAAACAAAACACCGCGUUGGUACGUCACUUUGUCGCAAACACGAUUGAUGGAGGAAUUUGGAUAUACACAGCACCAAAUUCUACUACGAGGUACGAUUGAUAAUUAAUCGGAAUAACGAGCAGGUCUUUCGUCACCCCGGGAAUCGGAUACCACCCCCGUACAAUACUGAAGUACCCCUCACGACAAAUUAAGGAACUCCCCUCUGGACUCUCGCAGUUUCUGCCAGUAUGGCGAAAUCUCCCGACCAAGUUCUGAAAGAUGUUCUAGAAGCGCAGAAAUCACAAGAGCUUUCGAUCAUCAAACUGAGCGAGCCACUGGCCGCACCGCUAAAGAUACAAUCUGGGGAACGUACAUCAGAUGUAUCUGCUGAUGUACUCAAUAAUCCGACGCCAGCAAGUCUGGAGGCUGAUUUAGCACAUUAUAAGGUAAGUGGAUAUUGGAUUAUGGCUAGAGAUCCGGAUAAUGCUAAUCAAUCUACAGGAACUGUUUUCCAAACUCCGCUUUUCGUAUCUCGAACAAGUCACAAAAGAAAAGUUCAUACGCGCCAUUGUCGGCGAUCCCCCUCUUGUAGUUGAGCACCAAGAGAAUAUUGAAUUGGAAGAAGCUUUGGCUAUUUCGAAAGCAUCAUUAAAAGCACAAAAGAUUGAAGUUGCGGAAUUGGUUGAACAACUGGAGGAGAAGGGUCGACAAUUGUCUCGAAAAUAUGAUAAUGUUCAGUUACAAACCACACAACUGCAAGAAUUGCCGGAGAAAAUCGAAAGGUUGCAGUCCAGUAUCGAUGAAUUGAAAGCUACACAGGCGCCGGGAUCAAGUCCGACAUUGAACAUGCCGUUGGAAAAAACUUUGGAUUUGGUUGAGGAGAGAGAGAAGGAGAGGUCUGAGCUGGAUAGGCAGUUGGAACAACUGCAAUCUAUGGUCCCUAGGAAGACCCGAGAAUUAGAACGAUUGAAUGCGGAAUUACAGCCCCUUGAAGCCAAACGACUUGUAAGUACAGCUGCAGCUAGAGACGCCAAGAGAAGGAAGGAGGAAGCUUUGGGCGGAGUCGGUGAUGAUCUUGAAGAACGUGGUAGAUGGUGGAGAGGUGUUGAGGGUGGACUGAAGGGAAUGUUGGAUGUGUAAGGAUGACUCUUGGGCGUUGGGAACUGUUUUCGGAGAUAUACCAGGGAGCUACUAAGUCAAGGCGUUUGAGUUGCAUUGAGAAAAUGACAAUAACGAAUGUUCUGUGAUUUUCUGGACUUUGGACGCCAUAAUUUCGAUUUCUGACCUGCACACCUGGGCACUUUUCGAAGCACCAGGUGGUUAAGGUGUAGGAAUUUAUGGCUUCCCCCAACUUCUUCAAGGAGAACAUGCUGCGAACUCAACCAUUCGAGUCAUUCAAAGUCAUUGAACUGAUUGGUCGAGCUUUUCUUGACAAGUAGAGCUAUAGAGGUGGUCCUUCCGAGUUCUUACCCAGGUAAUGGAUUACGACUUCCUCGGUUUGCUGCGCUGAUUGUCCUAAAUUUAUAAGACAAGUUUAUGAUAUUUUCAAUGUUUAGCAAUAUAAAAGAUUUGCUUGAGGAUUCUGGGACAGUCGAAUCAAUUAUCACAAAUUUCUCAGUUAAUGAAACUAUUGGGGCAGGGGAUGAUUGAACCGCGCUUUUGAAGUGUGAUAGCGAAG